GGGGCGCAGGCGCCGGGCCAGGAAGCGGCGUCGGGAUCGGGCCUGGGGGCACCCCCUCUGCUGUCACCCCCUCUGCUGUCACCCUGGCUCUGGGCUGCAUGGACGGAGUUUUCCUCUCUCCCAAGGAGGAUGAGUUUGUGGGGAGGAUCACCCAGGAGCUGGAGGAGUUCAUGCUACAGGGGCAGCACCACAGGGUGCUUCUCUUCCCCCCUCUCUCCAGUCGCCUCCGGUACCUGAUCCACCGGACGGUGGAAAACGUGGAUUUAUUGAGCAGCUUUUCAGUGGGAGAAGGCUGGAGGAGGAGGACAGUCAUCUGUCACUCUGCUGUCAGGCUUCCCAGUGAGAUUAAUGACCAAAAACCCAGCACCAACCCCCCAAGACCCCAGAGACCUCCCCAACCCUGGAGCCGGGGGGGCCGAGGUGGGAGAACCCGGCAUGGUGGGGAGAUCCUGGGGGACAAUUCCCGAGCCUGCGUGGGGUCUGGCAGGAUCAAAAGGCCACCCUGGAAGAAACCAGACAAAGCUCUCUAUGUCCCCAAAGCCAUGCGGAAGAAAGAGGACUGUGGGGAGAGGGGGACCCCAGUGAUGGUGACUGCUGCCACCUCGGGUGAGGAGGGGGCACAAGAAGAAGGGAUUUGCCCUCCAGCUUCACUCAGGGCCACUCAGGAGGAGCUGGGUAUGACUGGAGGUAGCCCAGGGAGUGUCUUUGUAGCCCUUGGCAAGCAGCAGGAGCCUGGUGAAGAGUGUGUUGGUGGCAGGGAGGAGGAGCAGGAGGAGGAUGUCCCAUCCUUGGAGGACAACAAGGAUUUCUUCUCUGGGCAGCCAAGUGAGGACAAAGACUGUUCAGGUUCCCUCUCUGCACAGAAUAAAAAGCCAAGUGAAGCAGAAGAGCAAGGGCAGAGCUGUGCCAAGACACCAGAAGGUACCAAACCCCUGUGCCACCUGCAAACUGAAGACCAAAGCAGCCAGAGUGCCCUGGAGUGCCCCAAAACCUCCUCCCUAACCCAGGGUUGUAGCAGUGACUCCUGCGUGGGGCUCUCUGCUGCAGAGCUGAGCUCAACAUCCCAGGGGCUGGAAAACCAAGGGGAGAGCUGUGCUGCUGCCAAGAGCCUGGAGAGCAGCAGCAAUGUGUCACUGCCUGAAGGAGAGGGCAAGGACUUGGGGAACACCAGGAUGGAGGGAAGGGAGAGAUCCUCCCAACUGGAAAACCAAGAUGAAGAGUGCCCCAGUGUUGGCCAGAACCCUCCAGAACCCCCAAAGGAAGCAUCUGAACCCAUCCGUGGUGCCUCUGAGGAGCAGAGUGAGUGCUGGGAGGAUGCUGCAGUCCAGAACCACAGUGGGAAGGUGGAAGAAGGGGAGGAGAAGUGUCCAGGCUUGGCUGAGGAGCUGUGGCAGGAGCUGCACUUGGCUGCAGGAAGCAGGGAGGAGAGCAGGCAUGGGAUGGAGGAGGACUGUCCUGCAGAGCUCUUUGCAGAGAUCUUGGGCCACUUAACUGUGAAGGACAUAAGCAUUGAGAGGAUCAGUGUGGAUUAUUCCAGCUAUGGAGAUGCUCAGCUCAAUGAGGGGGAUUUUGGCCACGUAACUGAAAUCUAUGACUUUUCCCCAUCCCUGAAAACAGAGCACCUGCUGGAGAUGUUCUCAGAUUUCCAUGAGAGUGGCUUCAAAAUCCAGUGGGUUGAUGACACACAUGCCCUGGGAAUCUUCUCCAGCUCCUCUGCAGCAUCCCAAGCCCUGGGGAGACGUUUCCCUUCUCUAAAGAUCCGACCACUGAUCCAUGCAACAAAGCAGUCCAAGAUCAAAGCACUUCAGAGACCAAAACUCCUUCAUCUUGCAAAAGAAAGACCCCAAACUGACACUGCAGUGGCCAAAAGGUUGGUGACCAGGGCCCUGGGGUUGAAGCACAAGCAGCAGGACAGCUCAGGCACUGAAAUGCUCCUGCCAGAAAACUUGGACCAGGAAGAAUAAACCAACCUCAGCUAAAAAAAAAAA